AUGGGGAAAGCAGGAAAAGGAACAGGCUCCUUCGGGAAGAGGCACGGGAAAACCCACUUCCUGUGCAUUCGGUGUGGCCGCCGCGCGUAUCACACCCAGAAGAAGACGUGCGGCGCUUGCGGAUACCCGAACGCGAAGAAGAGAACCUACAACUGGAGCGAGAAGGCGAAGCGCCGCCACACGACCGGCACUGGCAGAUGCCGCUACUUGAAGGACUUGCCUCGUCGCGCGAAGAACAACUUCCGUGAGGGGACAAAGGCGACUCCGGUGAAGAAGAGAAAGACACAGAAAUAA